AGAGCGGCAGUAGCAGCAGCAGCAGCCCUGCUCCAUCUGCGCACCGCUGCCUGCAGCACGGACACCGGCUCGGUCCGCAUCCGCCUCUCCACCGCUGAGGUGAGGCUGCACCCUGUCACCUCCUCCUCCUCCUCCGGUCCUUCUGGGAGCACAAUGCGCUGAUCUCUGUGGCAGGAUGAUUUCUGUUGUUUCCACGGUGGAGAGCGUUCCCAGAGGUACAGGCACCCCGGCGCCCAGUCUCUACCAGCGGAUCAGGAAUGUCUUAACCAGAGACCUCCUGGUGACCCUGGCUAUGGGCCAGGUCUUGUCCUUGUUAAUCUGUGCUAUUAGUCUGACCAGCAAGUACCUGGCUGAUGACUUCCACGCUAACACACCAGUGUUCCAGAGCUUUCUCAACUACAUCCUGCUGUUUUUGGUCUACACCACAACACUGGCAGUCCGGCAAGGUGAAGGCAACUUGCUGGCCAUUCUGAAGCAACGCUGGUGGAAAUACAUGAUUCUGGGUUUGGUAGACAUCGAGGCCAACUAUCUGGUCCUGAAGGCUUACCAGUACACUACACUCUCCAGUGUACAGUUGUUAGACGGUUUUGUCAUCCCGGUGGUCCUGCUGCUGUCCUGUUUUUUUCUCUUGGUGAGGUACAAGGCAGCCCACUUUGUUGGGGCAGGGCUGUGCCUCUUGGGUAUCGGCUGCAUGGUCGGAGCUGAUAUCCUACUUGGUCGGCAGCAAGGCCUCGGCGAACAGAAGCUAUUUGGGGAUCUUUUGGUUCUGGGAGGAGCAACACUGUAUGGGAUCUCCAACAUCUGUGAGGAAUUCAUUGUGAAGAACCUGAGCCGUGUGGAGUUCCUCGGGAUGAUGGGACUCUUCGGAUCCUUCUUUAGCGGCAUCCAACUGGCGAUCAUGGAACACAAGGAGUUGCUGAAGGUAUCCUGGGACUGGCAGAUAGGUCUUCUCUACGUUGGUUUCAGUGGCUUCAUGUUUGGCCUGUACAGCUUCAUGCCAGUGGUGAUAAAGAGGACGAGUGCCACCUCAGUCAAUCUCUCUCUGCUCACAUCUGACCUAUACAGCCUCUUUUGUGGUAUCUUCCUCUUUCACUACAAGUUCUCUGGCCUCUACCUGUUGUCAUUUUUCGUCAUUAUCUUGGGCUUGGUCUUUUACGCCUCCUCAUCUACCUAUGUGGUCCAGGAUCCACGAGUCUACAAGCAGUUCAGGAACACAGGCAGCCAGUUGGCCAACGACCCACCCCAACUUAGGCCUGGAGUACCAGAACCUUCUGUCACCUACACCAGCCUGGGCCCCGAGCAGGGUGAUGAGCUUCCUGUACGUGUAGCCUAAGUUGAUCUGAGAGAUCUGGGAGCGUUUACUCUGUCAGUAUGGAGCAUCAGUGUGUCAGCUGCAGCGUCUAGGUUACAUAGAGAGAAGAAGUGCUGGCUGUACCCAGAAUGCUGAGUAGGGUAGCUGCACAAUCACCCAGGUAGGUCCAGGUUUUCAUUUUAUGGCCUGUACUGAAUGAUGGAGUCUUCACCUGCUCAGUUAUAUAUGAAUAUGUUGAUUUCACUGCAAUCAAAGAAUGAGUAGACGGUAUUGACUGUAAAUUAUCAUUCAUGUAAAUAGAUGGUAUUGUCAUUUGAAUGGUUCUUCUCCUUUCUUUUUAUAUCUGUCAAGAAUGUUUUUGAGUAUUCCCUUUGUAUUUGCUGAAACUGUGUUCAUCAUAUUGAAGUCUACAGUGUUUCUGAAUCCACCUGCUCCAAUUCAAUGGCAGAUUUGGUAUUUUCAGUUUGUUUAACACACUGGAGUAACUUGUGUUCAUAGUAUUGGCAGACAGCUCCUCGUGGUUCAUCGAACAACUUUGUCACAAAGGUACUACAUUUUGCUGUGUAUUUUGAACAUGGAUAUAAUGUAGGCUGGUAUAAAUAUAUUUGUCAUAUAUUUAAGUUUGAAUACUUAUAACACCAAAAAAAGCUUUCAAUAUUUCCAUCCAGAUGGUCAUAGAGAAGUAGAAUUUACAGAAAAUAAUUCAAACAACUGAUGAAAAAUUUAAGAAUAAAGUUCAUGACAUCA